AUAGGCACGUCUCCUCUGCUGGUCUUGUGAAUUUCAGCCAUGAUUUGCACAGAUAAGUAGCAAUUUGCUUGUUGCUUUGCAGGGGCACAAAUGGCGGGAGCUGCGGCAAGGAGACGCUGCCGGAGCUGAACAUGACCGGAAUCUCGCUGGGCCGGUGGCCGGGAAUGCUGCAGCCGGCGUUUGGGGGACCGGAAUCGGCCGUGGUGAGGGACCUGCGUGUGAUGAACGUGACGCUGAUGACGGCGCACAGGAGGGACGGCCACCCGGCGGUGUACAAUGUGGAGCCGUCGGCGAGGAUGCUGGUGGGGCAGAGGGAGGACUGCAGCCACUGGUGCCUGCCCGGUGUGCCCGACGCGUGGAACGAGCUCCUCUACGCCAUGGUUCUCGCCAGGCUUUCUUAGACGUUCUCUUGACUGACGUGUAUGUACAUUUACUUCGCAUUUGGAUUUUUUGUUUCUUUUCAAAAAGGAGUAAUUAUUCACCUAGAAUUUACAAAGUAGUAAUACAUUAAUAAG